UAUUUUGUCUUGUUCAUCAUGGAAGGUGAACUUGAAGAACUUACUGAAGAACAAAUCGUCGCACGUCAAAGAGUGAAUAAGGUCCUACAAAGGUUUGACAAAGUCGCUUUCAGACUUACAUAUUUCUUUUAUGAAGGAGGUCCAAUUAAAAGACAAAACAUAGCACCACAUCUUUUUUCUGCGCUCAAGAACUGUGAGCGCCAUGGCAAUUACAAUGCCUUCUUUGCAAUCUGGAAAUUUUUGGCAAAAUACCAACUAUGUAGCAAAGAAUUUGAUUGGAAACUUAUUGUAAAUUUCCUAGAAAAAGAUGGAAUUGGAAACCUACCCUUAUUAUCAGAAGCAAUCAAAGUGAUGUGGCCUUUCCAAACCCGGUAUCGUGAUGAAGCAUAUCUGGUCAAUACAGUGUUUCUUUUAAAGAAAGAAAUGUAUGAGAAAGCACAAGAGGAAGCCUCCAAGUUUACUGGUAAACAAAUAUCAAACCCCACAAAUUUUGAAAUUACUAAGGCUGCUUCUUCGGAUUUACUUAUGGGCUACAAGACAAUGUUAGAUUAUCAAUUUGUCGAACCUGAUGACAAAGAAGCACUGGCUGUAAUGAGAGAGUCCUUUGAUCAGCUUCUUUCUAACGACACCUGUGUACCACUGUUUGUGGAAACUUAUGUCUGUGUUCUGAUGCGGUUAAAACUACAAGAAGAAGCUGAAAUGAUUCUUCGGAAAUAUGUGGAGAAAGAGUCCCAAGGAACUAUUACUACCAUAGCUGCAGUUCAUGCUUUGAAUAUAAUGAAAUUGCACAUGCCAAAAGCUAGCCUAGGGAUAAUCAUCUCUUUUCUUGAACUGAUUGCCGAAAGAAACUCGGGAGAUGAGAAGGUUUUGGAGCUCUGUCAACAUUAUUUGCACGUUCAUAAUUCGGGCGUUAAUUGUCAGUCUGACACUGAAUCUGAUUUUGAUUUCGGAUCGGAUUAUGGUGCUGUUACCUUUGCACAUAAACGUGAAGGUCUUAGCAAGUGUCUCGAGCUGAUUGUUUACUUUCUGGAUGUGCACAUCUAUAACGUACCAUCGACUGCCAUCCGAGAAGGAUGGAGCAUUAUGGCUGACACUAUGAGACGGAUUUGUAUGCAAGGGACGGACGAUUGCCUACGAACUGUGGUAGACCUUUGGCAUAAUGAUAGGAAAAGGUGGUGGCCAUGCUUCCGUCUUCCACAUUCCGGGCUUCGUUCGAAAUUACCACCUGGUGACGCAGAAUUUCUCUCAAACAAAGGUUUUGUCUGCUAUGUUUUGGAAUCCCAUCAUCACCCAUUUGUGGCCACUCUAAGGGAACACCCAGAGUGCAAAUUACUGAAAUCCCUCGUUAAACAGCUGAGCCACCAUAAAGUCAUAUUUGAUUCCAAAAUUGAACCAAUUCUCAAAUCUAAUGGACCGAUCGCACCUAUACCGUUAAUAUCGUCACCCGACGUGCCUCGUGUUCCUAGGAUCCAAUCUCAAAUGGUUCCUUCCCUUCCUAAAUUCGAAGCUAUUGACACUAUGGAAAAAGCAAAGGAAUUUACAAAUUACAUCUUGACGACAGCACCUCUCAAAGAAAGGGGAGAGUACAAAACGUUAGCCAAACCUAUGAAAGAUACGGUCGGUAUUUUGGAUCUUCAAAUAAAUGACCUAUUGGCUAAACGAUAUGAGAAAAGAAGGAAGAUAACUGUUCAAUCGAGAUUCCUCCGGAUGACUCGCUCUUCUAGAAGUGCGGCACUGUCGGCUGGUGAUUCGGUGUGUUCUUUGGAUUCUUUGGAUUCCCGAGAUUCUUACUUGGAUUUGUCGGAAAAUGAAACGGAUGACUCGGACGUGGCUAGCAACAGGUCUUCGCCCAUCAAUACUGAAGACGAUGAUAUUUUGGAUUUUCCGGAGUUAAACCCGUGUCUUUUGGCAAAAAUUGAAGCCGCGAAAGAACGCUGGAGAGUUUUUUUAAAUUCCGUUCAGUGGAACCCGUUAUCCGAUGACGAAAUUUCUGAUCGCGCCUAUGUAGAUUUGCCUUCAGAUGACGAUUACGCUCCAUCCUUCUGUUCCGACGAUUCGGAUUUUGGUAUCGGUGAAAAUCAAGCAGAUGAGAGUGAAACAGAUGGCCGAUCAGAAAUACAUUAUGACUCUUCCGUUUAUCUUGCAUCAGAAGACGAUUCUGAGGCCUCAAGUUCUGCAGCUUCUUCAUUUUCGAGUGUAUCUACCCCCGUGUUGCAGUUUUCAAAUGUGGCUAGCCAACCAAAGGAAGUUAUUCGAAACGAGGAUCGUUAUAAUUUCAUGGAGUUCGACAGUUUCAGUGUCCGCAGCAAUAGCACAACAGAUGGCAUUGCCGAUAGUAUCAAUCGAGUGAUAAAAAAACUCGAUAUUGACGUGUAUUGCGCCAAUACGGACAUGAAGCCCAGCGGUAUGGCACAAGAAGAAGACGAGUAUGUUGUCGAAGAAGAAAUAGAAAUCCCUCGAGAAGCAUUAGCCCAAAGAACUAGCCAGAAUUACAACGCAACAUCUGGAAUUCAGCUUAACAGCGACGCGUGUGUAUUGGAGGGAAAUACCGAUCGUCGAGAACUAUCUUUUGGUUCAAAUCUUAACAGAAGCUUUUCUCGGGAUUUCGAGGCAUCGAGUCCUGACAUGUUCGCGUCUUGCAGUGAAGACGAAGAAGAAAAAUUCGACUCAGUUGUUCAACAACGAAAAGUACCUAGUCAGAGAAGUCUACCUUUUUCCUCUCCACUGCCAAUAGCUGGUUCUACUCCUAAACAAGUACACAAGGCAAAGAGCACUAAUGAUUCCAAUUCGCCGCAAUUGGAAAGACUACAGCCUAAAAAAAAAAUGCUGACCAAAACCAGAGAAAAAUCCUCGUUGAAUAGCUCUUCGCCAGGAAAUGGUAAAAGAAAUACCACGAAAACUAAGAACCGCAAAUCUUCAAAAUUGAGCGAAUGGAAGGUUUCGGAGGAGAGCACACAGGAAGAAUCGCGAACAUUACAAAAGGUUUUACUUUCAACCUCUAGUUCGAAGCGUUUGUCUACGCCAGGAUCCGCCACGCAUACCAAAGCGUCGCGUAUCCAUUCUGACAUUACAAAUCCAGAAGUUGAAGCAACACCAGAAGCUGUUGUUACUACCGGCCGCAAAAAGAAACGACAAACUGGUAAUGCCAAAAGAAUGGAAUCAACGUCUGCUCUCCAGGAAAAAUCAAUGAGUGAGAUGAACCGUGUUACUGAUGUUGAAACUAUUGAACUGUCUUUACUUUCUGCUCAAGAACCUUCUGAACACCAGCCGAAAAAUUCCCGUAUCAAAUCGAUUUCGAGAAAAUGUCAUACUCGAGUAAGGGACCCCAACUUUCUGUCGGAUUCUGACAACGAAUCAGGCGUUUCAGCUUCAAUAUCCUUACUGAGCAAGAAAAACAAAAACAAAAGUACUGAUGCGGUUUCUGUCGAGGGAAAUACGAAGUCAAAGUAUUCGUCGGAUAAUUUGUCUGCAAAGAAAACACAAUCUACUGGCAAAAAAUCAAAAACGGCGAACUCAAUAAAAACCACUUCUAACGAAGAAAAAGAGCUACCAUCUUCAAACGAACUGAAUUCCUCAGACUCUAUAUCUGCUGAAGCACUUAUUGAAAAAAUCCUUGCCGAGUCUAAAAGUUUUAUUUCGAUGGUGACUCCUGAUACAGAAAAGCCAAAGGCGAAAGUAACUCGACGCAAAUUGUCUGCGGAUUCACGCCCGCCAAAAAAAGCCAAAAUUUCCGAAGAGCCAAUAGAUGUCGCCCUUUCCGUGGAAGAAAUUCUGUUGAAAUAUCUUGGCGAUGACAGUAUGGAGGAUAAAUUGGAAGAUACAACUGCUAAGAAACGUUCCAAAUCAAAGCCAAAGCCUCUUGGAGAGUCAUCCGCGAUGGACAAGACAUCAUCGCCAAAGAAGAGCAAGAAGGUUAACAAAUCGAAGGAAAACAGAAGCAAAACAAAGUCGUUAGUAAACGGCGAUAAUGACGUACCUACUCCGGACACCGCCAUAAAGACCUCAGCAAUAGCGAAAAAGAAGAGCGGAAAGAAAAUGACUUCGGCUGCUCGGGAGUCAUUUUCGGAAGAAUUCGAUCCACUGAGUUUCGUAGAAGAACUCCUGCAAGAGAGCCAUGGUGCUUCCCGAAAUUCCAUUGCACCUACCUCACCACCCGAAGGAAAACCUGUCAAGCGACAGAAAGCAUCAGUACCAAAAUCUAAAUCCGUAGUUAAACGGCCAUCUAACCAACGGAAAACUCUUCUGUAGAUGCUAAA